AAGAGUCAGACUUGAUGUUCGGAUAGAAUAAUGUUUCCUUAACAUUUUAUCUCCUCCGACCAAACAUCGACUUUAUUCUCUCCCAACAUUUUUUUUUGUUUUUUUUGGGGGGGUCCACGUGCGUGUCAAAUGUUUCCCGCCGGCCGUCUUCUGUUCAGGAAUAUCGACUGCAGUUGCCGCUAAUAACCUUCAUUAUUGUUCAUCACUUUGACCACCGAAAUUGAAGCAACCCCCCCCACUUUAGUCUGUCAUGUUAACAUUCUUGCCGACGUGGAGCCGCUGGAUUGUCUUCCCGCUCGCCUUCUUUCUCCUGCGAACGGACUGUCAUCCUGCGUUGACAGGAAGCCAAACUGAGUCCCAUGCACCUCCUGUCCAAGGCCUCCACAGUGCCAUGACCGGCGAGACGCGACCGCGCAGAGCUGCUACCGAGGAGACCUACUGGGCCUAUUCAGGUACAUACGGACCAGAGGAGGGCUGGGCGUCCGCCUUCCCGGAAUGUAAGGAAAGAAAACAAUCGCCGAUCAAUAUCGUGGACCAGGACACCAAAGUGUCCACCGAGUUCCAGGAACUUACACUAGAGGGCUUCGAUAAAGAAUCUUCAAAUAAGACGACUAUGAAGAACACCGGAAAAACAGUGGCCAUUGUUCUCAAGGAUGAUUAUUUUGUGAGGGGAGCAGGUCUACCGGGAAGAUUUAAGGCAGAGAAAGUGGAGUUUCACUGGGGACCGAGCAACGGAUCAGAGGGCUCCGAGCACAGCAUCAAUGGCCGACGUUAUCCUGUGGAGAUGCAAAUCUACAUGUACAAUUCCGACGACUUUGACAGCCUCAGUGCAUCACUCAAGGAGAAGAGAAUCAUCGCAGCCAUGGCGGUUUUCUUCCAGGUUGGAGGAAAAGAUAAUCCCGCUGCUGAUCCUAUAAUCCAUGGCUUGAAGGGUGUGGUCCAUCACGAAAAAGAAACGUCUUUGGAGCCUUUUGUCCUGAAGGAUCUGCUGCCGUCCUCGUUGGGAAGCUACUAUCGCUACACGGGCUCUCUGACCACACCGCCCUGCAGUAAAAUAGUGGAGUGGCUCAUCUUCAGCAGACCGAUCUACGUCUCGUACAAACAGUUAGAGGCUUUCUACUCCAUCUUCACCACCGAGCAACAGGACCAUGUUAAGUCGGUGGAAUAUCUGCGCAGCAACUUCAGACCCAUUCAGAGGCUGGACAACCGCCAAGUGUUCAAGUCGGCGAUGAAAGACGUCUGGCAGCACGACCCGUCUAACAACGCCGGCGGGCCUUCUGGCACGGAGGCUUCCAGGGCGUGCAGCAGCGCUCCGUUCAACAUGAAAGUGCGACACGUGAAUGGAAGCGCCCUGGUAGUUCGCUGGGCGCGUCCGGAGGUCAUCUACCACCCGCCCAUCCUCCACUUCCUGGUGUCCUACAGCUGGACGGCGCACGAUGACAGCUACGAGGAGACACACCUCACCGAUGCAAAUCAUAAACUGGAGGCUGUCAUUUCUCCCGUCUCAACCGACGUGUUGUAUCUCUUUCGGGUUCAGGCUGUCUGCACCAAUGACAUGCGCAGUGACUUCAGUCAGAGCAUGCUCUUCAGAGCAAACACCACCAGGAUCUUUGAAGGGACGCGGAUCGUAAAAACUGGAAUGCCUACAGUAUCGCCAGCGUCUUCAGCUGACAUGGCUCCUAUCUCCUCUGGCUCAUCCACCUGGACCUCCUCUGGUAUUCCAUUUUCCUUUGUCUCCAUGGCGACAGGCAUUGGACCGUCCUCCAGCGGUAGUCAAGCAACAGUGGCGUCCGUGGUGACCAGUACUUUGCUCGCCGGCCUUGGCUUCAGCGGGGGGGUCAUCUCCUCUUUCCCCAGCUCGGUCUGGCCGAGCAGAGCGCCAAAAGACAACAGAGAGGCGGCGAGCGACGACGGUGGCAAUAAUAAGGGUCAAGAGGAUGACGAAGACACGGAAGGGGAGGACGGGGAGGAGGAAGAAAAGAGCAAAAACAAGAAGAAGCAACAUAAAUCGUCAGUAAAGGAAGAGAGGGGUCUGCUGGGGUGGGGGGAGCAUGGCCAGGGAGAGGAGCAGACCCAACAAAGCAACCAGGCUGGGAAUGAACCCAAUGAUGACGCAGAGGUGAAUGAAGAUUCGAUAACAAGGCCACAGGCUGGAGAAGACCUGCGGGAGGUCUACUACCUAGUUGACUGUAACCACACCACCAUGGAGAAAGAUCUGGCACCCGAGGGCUCCCCAGUGGCACUUAGCUGGGAAUGCUCACCUUUCUCCAUGUUUACUGCUCCAUGUCUUCCGGACAACUGUCGUCCAAUGCGGGGAAACUUGAUGCUGGCAGUCUUCAGUCACGUCGAGGUCGCAUCGUUUUGCAAAGGUCGUUUCCCCAAGAUGCAGAAGGACGUCAGGAAGCAGCGUGCAGGCAAUUCUACUACCAUGAUCAAGCGGCGUCCCCAGAUGAGAGCUGGGUCCCGACUGGACCGCAUGGACUGGAUGGUAGCGUUUAUGGUGGUCUCAGCCCUAUCCCUCCUCUCUCUUGCUCUGCUGCUGGCUCUACUUACCUACUGGAAACGCUGUUUCCAGUCCGCACAUCUUCAUGUAGAGGACAGCAGUUCACGCAGGGUGGUGGCCAACGACACAAUCUCCGCCACUUCCAUCCCAGGUGAAGUGGGAGCUAUUGCAGUGCAGCACUUCAGCAAACAUGUCUCCGAGCUCUCCUUGAAUAACUCGCAUGGAUACUCACAAGAUUUUGAGGAGGUUCAGUACUGCACUGCAGAUAUGAAGAUCAUGUCGGAGCACUCCAGCAAUCCAGACAAUAGGCACAAGAACAGAUACAUCAACAUAAUGGCCUAUGACCACAGCAGGGUAAAGUUAAGAAUGCUGGUCGGCAAGGAUUCCAAACACACCGACUACAUCAAUGCCAACUACGUGGAUGGCUACAAUAAGCCUAAGGCUUAUAUCGCAGCUCAGGGCCCACUCAAGUCUACUUUUGAUGAUUUCUGGCGAAUGGUGUGGGAGCAGAACGCCGGCCUUAUUAUCAUGAUCACUAACUUGGUGGAGAAAGGACGGAGAAAAUGCGACCAGUACUGGCCUACGGAAAACAGUGAAAAAUACGGCAACUUGGUCGUCACGUUGAAAAGCACCAACGUUCACGCAUGCUACACUGUGCGGCACUUUGUACUACACAACACAAAAGUGAAAAAGGGUGCAAAGGGGAACACAAAGGCAGGACGGACCCAAAAUGAGCGAACAGUGCUGCAGUACCAUUACACGCAGUGGCCCGACAUGGGUGUUCCUGAGUACACCUUGCCCGUGCUAACAUUUGUCCGCAGGUCCUCGGCUGCUCAAACAACCGACAUGGGCCCCAUGGUGGUACAUUGCAGUGCGGGAGUGGGUCGGACAGGUACCUAUAUAGUCAUUGACAGCAUGCUGAAGCAAAUCGAGGACAAGAGCUUGGUCAACAUCCUGGGAUUUCUCAAACACAUACGCACCCAGCGCAACUACCUUGUCCAGACGGAGGAGCAGUACAUAUUCGUCCAUGACGCCCUCAUGGAAUCCAUUAUGGGCCAGGAGACCGAAGUAGCAGCCAAACACCUUCAUCACUUCACAAACACCGGCAUGACCCAAGGACACAGUGCUGCUCGGACACGUGUUGAAAAACAGUUUCAGUUGGUUACAGAGUGCAAUACCAAAUAUACAGAGUGUUGCAGUGCCCAAAAGGAGUGCAACAAAGAGAAAAAUCGAAUUUCAUCCGUGGUGCCAUCGGAGCAAGCAAGGGUAACCUUAGCGCCCUUGCCUGGCAUCCAGGGUAGUGAUUACAUCAACGCUUCGUACAUAAUGAGUCACUACAGUAGUAAUGAGUUCAUCAUUACCCAACAUCCUCUGCCUCACACCACUAAAGACUUCUGGAGAAUGAUCUGGGACCACAAUUCACAAAUCAUUGCGAUGCUGCCUGCCAACCAUGGACUGGUAGAGGAUGAGUUUGUUUACUGGCCCAGCUGGGAGGAGACCAUGAACUGUGAAGAUUUUACAGUCACCCUCUUAAACCAGGACACACUCUGCUUGUCCAGCGAGGAACAGAUAUGCAUCCAUGACUUCAUACUGGAAGCUACACAGGAUGACUACGUUUUAGAGGUACGGCAUUUCCAGUGCCCCAGGUGGCCCAAUCCUGACAUGCCCGUCAGCAGCACCUUUGAGCUCAUCGACGUCAUCAGGAAAGAAGCGGCCAUCCGCGACGGACCGACCGUUGUCCACGAUGAGUUCGGAGCGGUAUCCGCCGGGUUGCUCUGUGCCCUCACUACACUGUCACAGCAACUUGAAAGUGAGGGAGUUGUCAACGUCUAUCAAGUAGUCAAGAUGAUCAACCUCAUGAGGCGAGGGGUAUUCACAGACAUGGACCAGUAUCAGUUCCUGUACCAAGCCCUCUUCAGCCUCGCCUGCACCAAGGAGAUCACCUUCGGGCCUCUCGACAGGAAAGUUAACAGGACCUUGGCACCCUUGUCCGAUCGGUCUGACAAGGCAGAGAGCAAGGGGUCACAAGUGUAAGCGGUACCCCAGGAGGCCCGAGCUGGACUGAGGGCACCCUGUGGAUCCAAAGAUCUUGCACCCACUCGACUCCUGGAGUGUUCAAAGGAGGCCUUUAAAUAACUAUUGUGGAUAAGACAAUUUGAGGCCUUUUUGCCAGACACUUGGUUAAACUGAAUAAGCGGAUUACUUUUUUAAACUGAUAAAGAAUUUGAUAUUUAUUUUUUUCACCGUCUUCGUGUCCUCCGAUUGAAGGGUUUACACCUGCGUUUUUUGAGUUUUACACAAGGUACACUAUUGUCUUGUGUUUUUUCACUAUAUAAUGUCAAUGUUACUGCCUAUGCUAAACCCGAAUCGUGGCUCCUCAAGUAGAUUGUUUUAACAUUCCACAACCUUGUUCCCUGCGAAGCCACCUGCUUCUGUGAAGGACAUUGCCUAUCAGUGGAUUGAGGCGGUCAAACUGUUCUCCCCCUCAAUGACUAAAUGCUGUUUGACUACAGCAGGGAUCAGCAACCUGUGGCUCUUGAGCCUCUUUGUUGUGUAUUUCUGGAGUGGUGGUAAUGUGCAUUUUUACAAAUUUCGACUGUCUGUUAAGUCAAGCUUGAGUUUGACUGCGAUUGGAUACGCUCCAGGAAGACAGGGUGUGUGUGCUGUGAGACGUCUGCAAAAGAGAGAAGUCGACUUUUUGAGUGUGAGACCCCCGCAGUAAGCUAACCAUGAAUACACUCCGAAAAAGAAACAUUUCAGAAGAAAAUAGAGUUAAAUUCUGCAUGGACGGAUUCUUUUGUCUUCAUCAAUCAAUCAAUCAAUCAAAGUUUAUUUAUAUAGCCCUAAAUCACAAGUGUCUCAAAGGGCUGUACAAGCCACAACGACAUCCUCUGCUCAGACCCCACAUAAGGGCAAGAAAAAAGUCAAUCCAAUGGGAUACAAUGAGAAACCUUGGAGGGGACCGCAGAUGUGGGAAACCUCCCCCCACGGGCGACCGGUGCAAUGGACGUCGAGUGGAUAUAGAUAAUAUUGUGAGAGUCCAGUGCGUAGUGGGGCCAGCAGGAGAUCAUCUUAAGAGGAGACAAGGCAGCAGCGCAGAGACGUCCCCAACUGAUGCACAGAUGAGUGGUCCACCCCGGGUCCCGACUUUGAACUGUGGUCACCAAAUAACCUCUCCACGCAGGAGAGGGGGGCAGAGCGUAAAAGAGACGGUAGAUCAACUGGUCUAAAAGGGGGGUCUAUUUAAAGGCUAGUGUAUACAAAUGAGUUUUAAGAUGGGAUUCAUUGUCAUUGACGCUGCUUUGCCUAUGUGCUUGAUAUGUGGUGAGAAACAACAGUGAGUAUUCGCACUUAUCCAGGUUAAUAUAUUAUUGCAUUGCGUUGAAUCGGUCAUAACUCGACUUUUCAAGUUGUCUUUGGACGACCUUUUGCGUCUCAUUCAGGCAGACUUCAUCGGUUGUUACUGAAAGACGAUAGAACACCACUCUCUCUCCUCAGACGUCUUUGAAGGUAUCCCGAACAAUCCAGUCGUGAUCGAUUCAGUGCCCUGAACAGAAAGAAAAAUUAACGUUGAAAGACAUCUUAAAAAUAAGUCCUGAAAAGUUUAAAUUAGUUCCAAAGUAGGCCUAUAGCAGGCUCAACCCGGUACCGUAAACCUACCGAUUAACAGUAAGUCAUAAAAAAGGGCUACACAAAAAAAUUGCUUUACACUAACAAUUAAUAUUUCUAAGUUCCUUAACGAGCUGCAUUACAAACAAACGCUGCCAUUGAACUCAAAGAACCAUUCUGACCUGUCAUUGGCCGACACUUCCUCCUCACGCUCCCGUUCUCCAGCGAGGCCUCGCCAUCCAAGGAGAGUUACCCACACUGCCCCGAUUCCCACUGUUGAAGGCCAGCACCACCUGCAGUCAUUCAUCCCUUUGCAGGAGUGGCAAUAAAAUUAAUUGUAUUAAGUGUAUUUAUUUAUGUAUUUAUUUGACCGGGACAGUACAAUGAAGCAUUGCUACCCACAGGUAACCGAUGUCAAAGUACAUACGACUUCGAGCCACAGGCUAAUUUGCAACCGUUGUCCCUGGUUAGGCUUUUAAAGAAUAGUUGAGAAAAAUGUAAAACUCAUACAAAAGGAUUAAGAUAAGUGGGGGCAGCAGCCUAAGCAGAGAAGCCCAGACUUCCCUCUCCCCAGCCACUUCGUCCAGCUCCUCCCGGGGGAUCCCGAGGCGUUCCCAGGCCAGCCGGGAGACAUAGUCUUCCCAAUGUGUCCUGGGUCUUCCCCGUGGCCUCCUACCGUUUGGACAUGCCCUUGACACUUCCCUAGGGAGGCGUUCGGGUGGCAUCCUGACCAGAUGCCCGAACCACCUCAUCUGGCUCCUCUCGAUGUGGAGGAGCAGCGGCUUUACUUUGAGCUCCUCCCGGAUGGCAGAGCUUCUCACCCUAUCUCUAAGAGAGAGCACCCGGCGGAGGAAACUCAUUCCGGCCGCUUGUACCCGUGAUCUUGUUAUUUCGGUCAUAACCCAAACCUCAUGACCAUAGGUGAGGAUCGGAACGUAGAUCGACCGGUAAAUUGAGAGCUUUGCCUUCCGGCUCAGCUCCUUCUUCACCACAACGGAUCGAUACAGCGUCUGCAUUAUUGAAGACGCUGCACCGAUCUCACGAUUCGCUCUUCCCUCACUCGUGACCAAGACUCCGAGGUACUUUAACUCUUCCACAUGGGGCAAGAUCUCUUCCCCAUCCGGAGAUGGCACUCCACCCUUUUCCGGGCGAGAACCAUGGACUCGGACUUGGAGGUGCUGAUUCUCAUCCCAGUCGCUUCAUACUCGGCUGCGAACCGAUCCAGUGAGAGCUGAAGAUCCUGGCCAGAUGAAGCCAUCAGGACCACAUCAUCUGCAAAACGCAGAGACCUAAUCCUGCAGUGACCAAACUGGAUCCCCUCAACGCCCUGACUGCGCCUAGAAAUUCUGUCCAUAAAAAUUAUGAACAGAAUCCGUGACAAAGGGCAGCCUUGGAGGAGUCCAACCCUCACAGGAAACGGCUCCGACUUACUUACCGGCAAUGCGGACCAAGCUCUGACGCUGAUCAUACAGGGAGCGGACCGCCACAAUCAGACAGUCCGAUACCCCAUACUCUCUGAGCACUCCCCACAGGACUUCCCGGGGGACACGAUCGAAUGCCUUCUCCAGGUCCACAAAGCACAUGUAGACUGGUUGGGCAAACUCCCAUGCACCCUCAAGGACCCUGCAGAGAGUAUAGAGAAAUUUAUAAAAUUAUCAAAAUUCAUGUUAUAUUUUUGGGUGAUGUGGCAAUGAUGAUGCUUCAUUGAUUUGUGGUCAAAUAUAUUUGGUGUGUGUUUAUAUAACAACAGAGGCUUCACUACACAUUCCGUGGCCUGUCCCCAGACCAUGGCACAUUUAAUUUCCUUUGCAUGCAUUAAUGUACUUUUAAAUGAGCAAGCGUGCCAUGUUUGGAAUCGAUGGAUUAUUUUCAGUCUGUGCAUUAUUUAUUUCUAUUCAGUAAGUAAGCCAUUCAAUCGUUUGUUUGAAAAUGCAGAGGAAGAACGGGAGAAAGACCAUUGAAGUUUGAAGAAAAACAAUUAAGUGUCUUGUAAUGUUUUUUAAAACAGUGGAAUUUCUCAAAAUGUACCUAAAAGGCCCUGAACAUGGUGUGUGUGUGUGUGAGGAAAACCACAAUCUCUAUUCUAAGCAGAAAAAUGCAAAUUAACAUGUUUUUCCAUAAUUGUUCAGCCCGACCUAUUAAACCAGUACAUGCAUUUCCUUUUUCUGUGUUCUUCUGUUUUAUCCGCUUACUUUACCUGAUUAAACCACACUCAUGUUCAAAUACUAAGGUUGCAACACCUGUUGUGAACUUUAUUUCUUCGUAUAAGUCACGACCUGAUUUUUGAUAUAAGAAAACACUGUAUGUAUGCACAUAUGAAUAUACUAUUAUCACAAUAACGGCUCUUUGUAAUUUUUCUUUUGUUAUGUGUAAGUUCAAAGCAAUAACAUUAUCCUGCUGAAAUCAAUAUGUUUAUCUACAAUACCCAAAACCAGGGUUUUGCUGUACCUCAGGUGGUACAGCAUCAAAAGCCAACAUCAGUGUGUAAAGGAUAUCACCACAAGGGCUCAGGAACACUUCAGAAAACCACCGUCAGUCAACUACAGUUCUUCGCUACAUCUGUAAGUGCAAGUUAAUGCAAAGCGAAAGCCAUUUAUCGACAACACCCACAAACCCCCGCAAAAAUAUUGCUACCACCCUGUCUUCCUUUUUUUCUCUUUCUAUCCCCUCCUGCUCCGGCCCGGCUGCACCAAAUGAUAAUAUAAAUACAUUUAAUAAAGUCAAAUACAAAUAAGGCAACAAGAGAAGUAUCAUACACUUCUCUUUUGUAAAGUAAAUCUGAAUCUACAUCAUAUAUAUGGGCAUUGUCGGAGGCAGAUAUUUACAUAUAUCCGAAUUUAAGUGUUACUUCUUUUAUUUCAUAGUCAUAUUUGAAAACAGCUCGUGUUUUUCCAUUUGUUCUCUUUCUGUUUGUCUGCAAGUAAACUGUGUGUGUUAACCUUGAAGCUUUGGAAUGUAAGAAAGAGAGACUUAAGAGGGGAGAGGGUUUGUCGGGAGAGCAGACCAUCUUAGCGAAGCGAUUGAAUGUUCUAUGCUGGACUGGUCUCAAUGUAUAUAUGCAAAGCUUUGCAAAUAUAUUACAAAAUACCUAUUCUGUCUCUGGUGGUUUUUCAACUCAGCUUUAAGUGUUGUAAAGAGCUUGGGAGCGACUUGUGACUUGAAUUCCCUGGGAGGAACAACUGGUCCAAAACGCAACAAUUUGGGGGCUCGUCCGGUGCAACAGCAUCUACAUCAACUAUAUGAUUUGCCUGAGAAG